GGAUUGUAUUUUCUCAAGCUACAUUCCGUAAAAUUCUCUGACAUGACUGUUCAAAUUGAUACACUUUCAAUUAAUACAAUCCGCACUUUGGCAGCUGAUGUGGUGCGCAAGGCCAACUCGGGGCAUCCUGGGGCUCCUAUGGGAUGCGCUCCAAUGGCACAUGUAUUAUUUUCGAGAUUUAUUACUACCAACCCAGAAAAUCCGUUAUGGCCAAAUCGAGAUCGGUUUGUUCUGUCAAAUGGUCAUGGCUGUGCCUUGCAUUAUAUUCUCUUACAUUUGAUGGGCUAUGAUCUUACCAUGGACGAUUUAAAAGCAUUCCGUCAGACUGAUAGCAAAACCCCUGGACAUCCGGAAUCUCAUAUGACUCCUGGCAUCGAAGUUACCACAGGACCUCUUGGUCAAGGAUUUGCAAAUUCUGUCGGAUUGGCAAUUGCUCAAACUCAUUUAUCGGCGAUUUUUAACAAACCAGGGUUUGAUUUGUUCACGAACCAUACCUACGUCAUUGCUGGUGAUGGUUGUCUCCAAGAAGGAAUUGCUUCAGAAGCAGCAUCUCUUGCCGGUCAUUUACAACUUGGGCAUUUGAUUGUUCUUUACGAUGACAAUCAUGUGUCUAUUGAUGGCGAUACCGAAGUGAGCUUCACUGAAGAUGUACUGAAACGUUUUGAAGCUUAUGGUUGGCAUACGCAAUUUAUAACUGAUGGUGAUAAUGACUUGGAAGGAAUUACCAGAGCUAUUGAAGAAGCAAAGAAAGUCACAAAUAAACCAUCAAUAAUAAAAAUUCGAACUAUCAUUGGAAUUGGAUCGAAAUUCCAAGGCACUGAGAAAGUACACGGCAGUCCGUUAUCACCCGAUGAUAUUGUCGAAGUGAAAAAAAUUUAUGGUUUUGAUCCGGAAAAACAUUUUCAUGUACCACCAGAGGUAUAUAAAAAUUACGAACACUUCAAGCAAAAAGGUGUACAUGCUGAAAAACAAUGGAACGAGCUUUUAGAGAAAUAUACACAACAACAUCCUCAUGAGGGAGCAGAGAUAAAGCGUAGAUUCUCAAAAAAACUUCCAGAAAAUUGGACAGAUCAUUUACCGCGUUAUACACCAGCAGACACAGCAGUCGCCACUAGGAAAUUAUCGGAGAUUGUAUUGAACAAACUUGCUGAUAUAUUACCUGAACUUAUUGGAGGUUCUGCUGACUUAACUGGCUCUAAUUUAACUCGAUGGAAAACGGCUGUUGAUUUUCAACCGGAUUCUACCAAGUUGGGAAAAUACUCUGGGCGCUACAUUCGCUAUGGUGUUCGAGAACAUGGAAUGGCUGGAGCCAUGAAUGGAAUUUCUGCCUACGGUGGUUUGAUACCAUUUGGCGGUACUUUCUUGAAUUUUAUUAGUUAUGCUUUGGGUGCUGUUCGUUUAUCCGCGCUAUCAUCACAACGUGUAAUUUAUGUUAUGACUCAUGAUUCGAUUGGAUUGGGCGAGGACGGACCAACCCAUCAACCUAUCGAAACGCUCGCUGGACUACGAGGAUUACCCAAUAUCUUGGUUUUUCGUCCUGCAGAUGGCAACGAAGUAUCCGGAACAUAUCUCGCAGCUAUCGAAAAUCUUCAUCGACCUUCUGUAUUAGCAUUAACUCGUCAGAAUCUCCCUCACUUAGAAGGGUCAUCUGUCGAGAAAACCUUAUUUGGUGGUUAUGUUCUUCAAGAUGUUGAACAUGCCCAAGUCACGUUUACGGGCACUGGAUCUGAGAUAUCAAUCGCAGUAGAAGCAGCAAAACGAUUGAAUCAAGCAGGAAUUAAGACUCGCGUAGUUUCUCUUCCAUCGCUUGAACUCUUCGAAGAGCAAAGUAUUGAAUAUAAGAGAACCGUUUUCCCCGAUGGUAUUCCAGUAAUAAGCGUCGAAGCAUUAACGACUUUUGGUUGGUCUAAAUAUGCACACGUUUCUGUCGGUAUGACCACAUUCGGAUCUUCUGGUCCAUACCAACAGCUUUACAAAAAAUAUGGGUUUACUCCUGAAAAUUUAGUAGAAAAGGCAAGGAAGACUAUAGAAUUCUAUCAAAAACAUCCUGUUCCAUCUCUCAUUAAUAAACCUUUCUAA